AUGGCCGAAUUGAAGAUCACCAGGGGGCACUCAUGCGUCCCAUGCCAGAACCGCAAGAUUAGAUGCAACGGGCAUAUUCCAUGCACAUAUUGUAUUAAAACAGGCAAAGAAUGCGUCAAAUCUGCCCGCGGAAGCCAGAGCCGACCGAGGCCAACAUCUGGUGGUCCGUCCGGCAGUACCGGGGAAGUCGUUGCAAACGGAGACGAGCGACGCUAUGUUGAGGACAACAAGCUGUGGACGAGCCUCGGCGGUGAGCUGGGGCCCAGAAGCCCGAGCUCAGAGGACGAGAAAUAUUCAGCAAGACACUCGUCUCCACCCCAAAUCAGUCUCAUUUUCGGCCACCAACAGAUGCAGUCCCCAGAGCUACUACACCCAUCGCCUAUCCAAUCAUUCAAGUUAUGGCAGGUCUUCCUGAGUAACGUCCAUCCUCUGACGAAGAUCAUCCAUGGUCCGUCUAUGCAGGAGGAGGUUCUGAGAAUGCUCUCAAAUCCAACAGCAACCGAUCGCUCAACGGAAGCUCUCAUAUUCUCCAUUUAUCUUAUCGCAGUUGUCUCCUUGACAGACGAAGAGUGUCGAAACCUUCUCGACGAGCCGAGAGACAAGCACCUUGCGAGGUACCGGUAUGCUACCGAGGUGGCAUUGAGUAGAGUCGACUUCCUCAGGUCUACGAAUCUCAGAGUGCUUCAAGCAUUCACAAUUUACUUGCUCGCUCUUCGGUAUCUCUGCGACAACGAUAUACUCUGGCUCAUGACUGGCCUAGCCACCCGGAUGGGCCAGAGAAUGGGCUUACACCGCGAAACGUCCCUAAAGGGUCUCUCUCCUUUCGAAGCGGAGAUGCGACGACGGGUUUGGUGGCAGAUUAUUAUCCUGGAUGGCCGAGCCGCUCAGGUGACUGGGGCUUCCAUGAACCCGUCAGCCUACCUCCUUGGUGACACCAACAAGCCUGUGAACGUUAAUGAUGGAGAUCUCGUACCGUCUAUGGGACUGCCGCCCCCUCCAUCCCCAAUUACCACGGAGAUGGCUUUCUGCUCCGUCCGAAUCGAGAUUGGGGCGUGGAUGAUACACCAAAAGACACUCCCUGGUUUCGGAACAUCAAGUGACGGGAGAGCCAAGUUCCUGAAAGCUGUUGACGACCUUGAAAACACGAUUGAGCACAGGUAUCUGAGAAACAUCGACAAAGGCAUUCCCCUAAACCAACUAGCGCUCAGCAUGGCUCGAUCCGCUAUUUGCCAACUCAGGAUAUCGACUUGCCAUCCCAUGCGGCGCCAGGACAAAGACACGGAAUUGAGCCCAGACCAAAUAGAGAUGCUCCUGGAGAAUAGCAUGGAGGUCAUCCAAUACGAUAUCGUGGCGCACACAACAUCCUCUCUUCAACACUUUCUCUGGCACGUUUCCAACUUCUUUCCCUUCGAAACGUUUGUCUUACUUGUCGGAACCCUUCCCAGCUGCCCAAAGAGUCAGCUCGCAGAGCGAGCAUGGGAUGUGAUCAACCAAGUCUACGAGCACCAUCCGUCAUUCAUUUCGAAUCGAAAUGAGCCUUUGUAUCGAGCUCUUGGAAAUCUCACAUGCAGGUCUUGGAAAACGGCACAAGCCAAUGGACAGCAACGCGGCUUCCCACCGCUAGCAGAACCGCCCUUCAUGUCGAGGCUCCGGAGGGAAACGAAUCCGGGAUUUCAAGAAGAGAAUUCCACAUGCAAUUCCACGACGAUUUCAGGCGACGGUGGCCCCCACACUCCGUACAGCUUUCCGCCCAACGCUAGCGUUGACGGCGACAACAACGCUGUGAUGACCGACUGGCAGCAGCUACCACAAGAUAUCAAUGAUGGCUCAUUUGCAAUGGGACGUGAGGGUAUGGAUAUGGAUUGGGAGUUUUGGCAAUAUUUGCUAGUCGACAAAGUCCCAGGUGGGCAAGAACCAUCGAAGGCAAAUCCAUUAUCGUUUAUGGCCUAUGAUAAUUGA